UUGAAGGGCUGCAAGCAUUUUAGUUACUAUGUCUGUUCAGGAGCCAUAUGGAAAAAUCAGUUCUGUCCUGUUAAACUGGUUGCACAGUUUUGGUUUUCAUCUGUCUACAGAGAUCUGAAAAGUCCAUGUUGUUUUACUUUAUGCUUUUUCGGCAAAGAAAGCAAGUGGUCUGGGGAUCAUCUGGCCAGGAACACAAUAGUACUGAAGAUGUCCUCGUUCUGGUUUUAUCUGCCUCUCCAUCUUCUCAUAGCAGCUUGCUUGUGUCAUUCCAUAAAAGUACCCACCACCAGUUCCCAACAGAGCUUCAAGACUGAUCUCUUCAAUUUCUACCACUCCCUGAUACUUGCUGAUGGUAAGGAAACUACAGUUCACCUGCUGAAGGAUAUACCUAAAAGGUACUAUUUUGUUUUGGAGGAAGGCAGAGCCCUUGCACCUUUCACAAUAACAGUGACCCCCUGUGAUGUUCCCAUUGAAUGGAGCGUACUUGUGCACAAGGCUUCAGCAAGUUUCCUUGGAACAGCAGCACAAGGUGAUCCUGAUACACAAGAGGUCUCAAAAUCUCAGCAGGCUCCAAGCGUGGUGUCCACCAUAUUUAACUAUAAGGGAAAUUCUGUAGAGACUUACAUGGGUAUGUCUUCCCAUUCUGCCCUUUACCUGCUAGAGUUCUUAUCCACCGAGCGAGACACACACAUUACUGUAUACUUAACAACUGACACAUCUGGGCACCUCUACCCAGAGCUUCCAAUGGAUCCACGCAUAGAUGUUGUUGGCAUUGGGCAUACAACAGUGACUCUGACCUGGAAACACAGUCCCUCUGUCUUGCAACACAGAGAAAACAUCCAGUACUGUCUUCUAGUUAAUGAAAAGCACAACUAUAAGAGCUUAUGUGCUGCUGAGACAGCAAUCAGAUCCUCUGGAAUGAAACUGCCACCUGCACUAGCUUUGUCUCUCUCUCCAUACCUUCUUGAACCUCAGCAAGUGAUGAUACUGUCCAACAGUGAACUGAGCAUCAUCAACAAAGCAAGUAGUGGAGAAGUCAGGCAAAUAUGCAUGGGUACCAAGAACACUUACACAGUGCCCAGUCUCAGUCCCAGCACUCAAUAUUACUUUGAUGUUUUUGUUGUCAAUGUCCUCACAAAUGCCAGCGCUGCUUACACCGGAACAUUUGCAAGAACCCUGGAAGAACCGGAACCUAAGGUGACGGAGCUGAAAGAUGGGAAAGUGAUUCAGGUUGUCCUGGAUGGAAAAAAACAAAAAUUCUACAGUCUGCAGUACCAGGCGAGGCACAAGAAAAUACAAUUCACCUUUCAAUUGUGUCGUGGCCAAGUACGGGUACACAUAACAAGGAAUGGUAAAACAGUGGCACUGGAGAACAUCUCAGGGCUGAGGUGUUUCUCACUGAAGGGAAAGCUGCUGGACACAUAUUUGGUGCAGCUGAGGUCCACAGAGGAGUCUAACUCUUCUGUGAAAGUACAGGUGUCCCCCCAUUUCCACAAGCCCUUAUUCCCACUUCUUCCAGAGAGCUUAAAAAUCAAGUCCUUCAGUAAACUGAGGACCUGCAACUCUGUCACCAUUGCCUGGCUAGGAACACAAGAGGAGAGCAAGUACUGCGUGUACAAGAAAAAGAUUGAAGAAGAUCAGGUCUGGAUGGAACUGCAGAGUGCAGACAGGUGCUCUGGACCUGAAUCUCGGCACAAGUCGGAGAAAGUGCUGUGCAAGUAUUUCUAUGAUAUAAAUCUCCAGCGAGCCGUCACCACAGAGACCAUCAAAGGGCUGGAUGCGGGGAUGCUCUACUUGUUUGAUGUCUAUCUCUUUGGGCCAUCUGGCAUCCCAGUCAGAUAUCACAGCAAAGUUGUGAAGACCAGAAAAAAAUGUUGA